UGUGUCACUCAAGCUUACAGGCACACUGCUACACAAAGUGGAUUUCCUUUCAUCAAGGGUAGAUACCACUCUGAGGCAGUUCAGCUUUUCCCUCUGUGUUCUGUAAGCUAAUUUUUUGUACUGACAAAAUUCAUACUUUGAAGAUACUGUGAAUUUUUUAAUUUGACAUCUUUAAACUAAUAUUUAAUGUCAGCAGGCUUCAAAAAAUACUUAGAAGUCUAAAGUGAUGUCAAGUCUUGAAAUCUGAAGACUUCAGUGAGGGCUGAAAGCCCGUGUAGCUCAAGGACUGGUGCACAGUGAAUGUAAUGUCUGAUGUUUGAAAACCUGCUCACUGAGGGAGGUGUGCUCCUUAGUGUGUGUGUAUGGAAUCCUUGGGAGCAUGUGUCCCUAGGAAUGGUGUAGAAUGUGGGCACAAGAUUUGAGUACCUCAUAUUAAAAUAAGAAAAAAGGAACCUAAUUAAUUCAUUGAAACAUAAGGCAUGAAAUGUGAAGUCAUGCGUGCAAGUCAAGCAAGGACAGAAUAACUGCCAUGGACCAUUGGUUUUGUGUUGAGAGGACAAAGAGAUGGGCCCAUGGGCACAGUGAUUAUCUUCAAAGACACGGUGGUAGUUUUCUACCCUGAACAUUUAUUUAUUGGACAGUGUGGGUUUUCAAUGUCAGUAGAUGCAACACUUAGAGUCCUGAAGCUUUCGAAAUAUACCUGAGAUUUGUCAGUGUUAAACCUUUAGUGUUAAAGGGAUUGACUGAGAGGUUAGAGAAAUCCAAGGUUACUUCAUCCAGUUCUGGUAACGUCAUCUUGGACAAAAAGCACCAUUUCAGAAGGCAGUGAUACCUUUUUUGAAUAAAAGUGAUAAUCCAAGCCUGUUGUAAUUAAAACCUCGAACUGCAUGUUUGGAGAGAGGAGGAAGGAAGGAAUGUAAUGUGUGACUAUCAAAAAAGAGGCAGCAAAGUUAGCUGAGGUCUGCAAGUGUAGACUUGGGGUUUGUGCACUGCAUUGUCAGGUGGUGAGAAAGGGCCCUUUGGCUGACUAAACUGCAGUGCCUCAGAGGAUGGCUGAUUCUCUCCAUCACUUUUUUGCUGUCUUGCAUCCAGGGUAGUUUGUUUUAUGUAGUCACUCUUACCUGUUAUUGAGCUGUAAGCUAUCCCCUUUAAAAAUAAAAUGAAAAAAUAAAAACCCAGGUUGUGUUGAUGAUGCUCAAAAAUUUCAGCCAAGUCCUUUGUCAGAAGACUGUCUAGUCUGGCAGUGGCACACCAUAAUCAAUUGCUGGAAGCUGAAGAUGAACUAGUAAGUUGAAAUUGGUGCAAAUAAAUAUAAUUGCUUCAACAUACAACUAAAGAAAGAAAUGAGUUCUUCUCUAAGAUUGAAAGCCUUUUCAAAGGUGUUAUUUGACAACACAGAUCCUUGCAGAAAAGGGGUGACUGGAUGGAUAGAUAAUGAUUCAUGAUGUUCAGGCAUACAAUAUCUAUUUACUCCCUCUGUGUUCAGAGACUCAUGGGUUAAUGAAAUUGUUCCAUCUAUGCAGUUUGGUCAGUAUAGCAGACAAGGAAAAUGGUGUGGGCUUAGUAUUUUUUCUGCACCAUUCUUCCUCAGUGUCAAGAGACUGAGAAGAGGAGACAGGACCAUCAUUCCUUAGGAUCCCACAGGUCCAAGGAAUCUGAAGGCAGUGGAUAUGUGAGGGCCUGUCAACAAGCUUCAGUGCCCAUUCCAAGAAUACUCCAGUAGUGAAGAGAAGAAAGGAAAAAAGAAAAGGGGGGGAAAAACCCCACCAAAACACCAAAAACUGUUCUGGCUUUGAACCUUGCUGCCUUCAACAUUAGCUGAACGAUCAGCAGUGAAACUGGCCUGGUGCCAAGACUGUGGCACGGUCCUCUUAAACUGUGGUGCAAAAUCAGUGUGUUCUCAGCCUGCUUAUGGUGAAACCUGGAAUCUGUAUCCUCAUCUCCAUCUUGGGAAGUCUUCAGUCACUCCUUUCUCUGUGUUGGAACACAGCCUUUUGGAACUGAAGAUGAGAUCUCAAGGAUUUCUAGGAUUGUUCUCGCUACACUGCAGGUUAUCAGGUAUCUUGAACACCCAUGAUCCUUACUAAUCUUUUGUGGAAAUUGCACUGUCAAAUCCUUGAAAUAUCCCAUAGUAUCUGUGUGCACAUGCCAUUGCUUAAAUCAGGCUGAGAAAGACAAAGUCAGCAGAAGAGGAAGUGAAAAAUGCAUCAGCUUUUUCAGAGGCUAUUCUCAUGAGGAAAAUUUAAAUCUUAAUGGUGUGGAAAGAUGUGAAACACGAGCUGCACUCCAGCACUGCUACAGGCGGCCUUCCCAUUCUGAACUUUGACCUCAGGCUUUUAUGGGCCUGUUCCCAAGCCUUCAAUACUUUGAAGAAAGUAAAGCCACCAGGACUGCUCAGACCUGAAUGCCUACACCAUGGCCUCCUCCAGCCCUUUCCAGAUACAACAGGCACCCUCCAGCAUCCCUCUGCUCAGAGCCUGGGGCUUUUUGCUUUUGCCAG